CUGGUUCUCAUUUCCUGCACUAAUCUUUAAUCUUAAUCGUAUAAUUAGGUGUUAAUCAUAGUUGCUUUGAUUAAUUCUUUCAGUUUAUCUCCUCUCGUUCCAAUGAUGCAUGCAACUUGUUCUAAUGCUAAUCCUCCUCAAGAACCAACAAGAUGUUGGUGCUCGAAUGCAGAACAAUGUGACUGUGGUAAAAGGAUGGGGGAAGAUGCUGGUUUACUUGCCAAUUUUGAAUCUGCAGAGAGGGUGAAUAUUAAUAAACACUUUUUAUCUCUUCUUACAUCUUCGUCCUCGCUGCGAGGAUCACAACAAGCUUUAAGACCGGCGAUCCUAAUUGUUCAAAGGAGCUCACAUGAUCCGCUUUCAGCAGCCAUCGCAAGGAGCAUAACAAGUUGCAUUGCCAACACUCCAAACCUCAACUUAUCUCAUACAAUACUUAACCAAAUUGGAAGAGCUAAUACUAAUUUUCCAGGUUCACAGAAUAAUGAGUUCAAUUCUGGCACUUGCACCACUUUGAUUCUUGGAUCCGCUCCUCUUCUUCGCCAGUUUUAUCUUUUUCAACGUCUUUUUGGGAUGCCUAACAAUUUUUUUCGAUCUUUAUGGCCUCCCCACGUAAGUCGCGUAGAUUCUACAUUUCUAUUAGGUCAGGCUUCUGCGGCUUCUGAUGAUAACUGGUUCCAAAAUGAAACCCGAAUUGAUCUGUGGAGGCAACUUCUCAUGGAGUCGACUCUAUACAUGCACAGGCCACCCGAUAGCUUGUUAGAAGGUCCGACUUCAUUUUUUGUUGUAACAGCCAGCCACGGAGUAAACUUCAGUAUGAACGCUGAAGCUAUUUUCCAACGACCUCUCCACUUCUCGAUUGAAAUGCGCAAUCAUUCUGGAGCAAUGUGGCCCGAUGUGGAUAACAUGUCAUAUGAGGAAUUAUUGGCUUUAGAAGAUCGUAUAGGGUAUGUCAGCACAGGAUUAUCUGAGGAAGUAGCUGUCAAGUCUCUCAAACGCAGCCAUUACUUUGUGUUUACAGAAGAAAAUCCUCAGAAAGACUUCUGCAGCAUCUGCCAGGAGGAUUUUGUAGAAGAGGAUGAGCUAGGAACAUUGGACUGCGGACACGGCUUCCACAUUUCGUGCAUUAAGCAAUGGCUAGGGUAUAAAAAUGUGUGUCCUAUGUGCAAAUCUCCCGGUAUAAGUACUACUCUUCCCUCGUUUUCUCACAUUCAAAGUCCGUAAACUAAUUAAGUCUUAUGAAGUUGAAGAAUUUGGUGAUUUCUCAAUUUUACCAGGCUAGUUUAAUUUAGUUUCAUUUUUAUGGUAAAUGUACAGAU